ACCCGGCGGCGUCCGGCGACCCCUGCGCACCGCCCGGGCGGUUCGUGCGCCGGAGCCAGAACCCCGAGCGAGCCCACGUGGCUGGGGUGCUCGUUAAGGGUCACACCGAGUCUUCACCGGAAUGGCGGGCCAGGCCUCCGCCGCCGCCGCGUAGCUUCCUUAAUCGCCACCUCUUAAAGAGAAUGUGAGGGCCUCCUGACCGCACUCUCUCCGCCUCACCCUUCUAGUGAAAUGACGUUGCCUCAUAGCCGCUUUACUCUGCUUCUCGCAGAGCCGCCGCCAUCCGAGGGGGGGGUAAAAAACAAAAACAAGUGUGACCCGCUUCGGAAAACUUUCAUCCGGAUAACGGGCCGUUGAUACGAAGACUUGGGUCCUAAGAAGUAGGUUAGAAAACGAGUUGAAGCGAAAAGGGAACUCUCCCUACCGAAUGCUAAAGUUUUAUUUUCAGAGGCUUCCGUUUUAGCCGGCGUGCUCUGACACGCCUGAAGUCCCCGCUCAGGAGGCGGAGGAAUGAGAAGCAUUGCAAAUUCGGGACCAGCAAUGGUCUACCUAGCGAGUUCAGGGGUCCCCGGGGGUACACACAGCGAGACACGGUCUCAAAAUAAUUCUGAAACGCUUCCCUUUACGCACACUGAACGGUAAGAAAGAUACUGGACCGCACAGAGUUCGGUGCAACCCUCCCCGACCCUGGGGCAGGUACAGGAUUUUGCCGUGGCUGUGUAAAAGAUGGGACGGCGCAGUGUGGGUGGAAGUUUCCACGAUAGAGCACGAAUCUCGCCGUUCUCGGGCCACCGAGCGCUUAACCCCGGAACGCAGUUGCAGCGGGUUCGGUUUUCCCGCAGGAGCCCGAGUCCACACCCAGCCUUCCUUACUGCGCAGGCGCGCUGCCACUCACCCGGCAUGGAAGUGGUGGCUCUCUUGUGUGUGGCGGUGGCUGUCCUGACAUGGGGCUUCCUCCGGGUUCGGGACUUGGCGGAACGAAUGAGGUCUCCGGAGCAGGCGGGCCUGCCGGGAGCCGGAAGCCGGGCCCUUCUGGUGAUCGCGCACCCGGACGAUGAAGCCAUGUUCUUUGCUCCCACGGUGCUAGGCUUGGCCCGCCUGGAGCAGCGGGUGUUCUUGCUCUGCUUCUCCACAGGAAAUUACUACAAUCAAGGAGAGAUUCGAAAGAAAGAACUUUUGCAGAGCUGUGAUGUUUUGGGGAUUCCACCUCCAAAUGUAACGAUUAUCGACAACAGUGAGUUUCCAGAUGACCCCGGAGUACAGUGGGACACAGAGCAUGUGGCCAGCACCCUCCUCCAACACAUAAAGGUCAAUGACAUCAACCUGGCCAGAAGAGGGCACCAGAUCUCAUUACAAGUGGCUAUGAGCCACCAUGUGGUUGCUGGGAUUGAACCCAGGUCCUCUGGAAGAAGAGUCAGUGCUCUGAAUCGCUGAGCCAUCUCUCCAGCCACCUAUUGGGCUUUUCAGUCAAUGACCCCUUCAUUGAGUGAAUUGAUCCAUUAGACCUUUUUUUAAGACUUUUUUUCUUUUUGUUAUGUGUAAGUAUGAGCCUAUGUGAGCAUAUGUACACCCUGUGUAUGCGGGAGCGCAUGGAGGCCAGAAAAGGGUGUUGGGUCCCCUGAAAUUAGAGUUCAGGUGGUUGCCUGGGUCUCCUGGAAGAGCAGGAAGCACUCUUAGCCACUGAAGCCAUCUUUCUGCCUCAGCACCCUGCUCUCUUACGGUAGUGGCUUUCGGAGGACUACCCCCAACCCCGGCCUCGUCAUUGUGUGUUAGAGCUGUUGGCCACUCCAUUUGUAGAAAAAACUCAUCAUUCCAAACUCAGAAGUCAGGGCCUUUCUAGAUCUGGCCCUCACGUCUUGAACAUAGGUGAAUGGGUUUGUCCUCCUUAGGGGCUGAGUUUCUUUUACAGCAGCUGGUGGUGAGGCGGACUCAGAGCAGUGUGCAGGAUGACAGGCAUGAGUAACAUGUCCCAUUUCUUUCUUCUUCCUCCAUCUUCAAAGACACUGUGUCAAUGUCUGCUUCCUGUCACAUGGCCUUUUCCUCUGACCCUCUCGUGCCCUCUGUUAAGGUCACGGUGACUACAUUGAGCCCACCAGCCCACCCAGAAGAACCUCUCCAUCUUGAAAUCCUUAAUCACAUUUGCAAAAUCCCUUUGGCUACAUGAAGUAACAACUCAGGGUCCAGGGAGGCAGGACAUGUGUAGCAUGCGUAUUAUUAAGCCUACAGAGCAACCUUACUCUGAUGGGUUGAGUCUAGGGAUCUGCUGGUGAUUAGGGGGAAACAGAAAUGUGUUCUUUUAAUAGUAAAACCCAGUUCUGAUGCCUGGGCCUAGAAAAAUUCCUCAACAGAGCUCCUGACUCUGGGGCACUUUCUUUCUUUCUUUCUUUUUUUUUUUCUUUUCU